AUGACACGGUUUCUGGCAGGUCUCUUCGAUCGUGAAAUUCAGGCUCAGUACUUUGAUUUUGGCAACAUUCACACCAGCAUGGACGAGGAUACGGAUCGAAUAACACUAAGAAUGGGUCUCCAGCACUUAUACCGAUUAUUGAAGGGACAGAUAUGUGCCCGACAACCGAGAACCGCCCUUAUUGCACACCUAAAAGAUGCUGUUAAAAUCCUAUUAUCGACACCCACAUUCCAUGUCCCCGACAGUUGCCAAGCAAGAUAUGUCCACACAGUCAAUGGCACAAUACGACUAGAGCCAGGAGGUCGCGCAUCUCAGGCUGCAUCCGUGGUCGCGCUUGGAGUUCUCGAUUUCCUGGCCGGUGACAAAAUCCCACUGUGCGUGCCGCUGGCUCGUCUCACCCGAAGUCCGCGGCAGAUCGACUCCCUCUCUUGGGCUAUCGUGACGGCAAUUUCCAUGAAAGACACUGCCACCAUCAAAACUCUUGUGGAACAACUGCCUGAUAUGAGCGUUCGGAAGAAUAUAUGUGCCGAUCCCCUACGCUUUGCCGUGACCAGUCAUUGGUACGACAUGGUCCAGUAUCUCCUGGACCACGGUGCGGAUGUCAACGCCCCACAUAAUCAUGCACAUUGUUCACCAAAAUACGAGCGAAUGCUCAUCGAACAACCUUGUCUAUCGGGUGAUGUCAGAAUGGUUACGCUGCUACUUGAGCCCCAGUAUGGCCUCAAACUCGAUGCAGCAGACUGUGAUAGACUUCUUUGGUCGAUCGUGCGGAAGCUCGCGGUAGGCCAAACUGAUGACACAAGUAGUAUCGAAAUCAUCCGUCUUUUCUUACGAACAGUACCUCGGAACACCAAAGGUUCCGUGCAGCACCUCGUCGUGCAUCUUGCUGUGGUAUACGACGUUCCGGAGCUGAUUCCGAUCGUUGUCGAGAUGGGCUACGAUGUGAAUGAGACAGAGGGAGGGAGAUCGCACCUGUCUCUUGCGGCAGCCCGUGGACAAUUCGAAGUGGUCAAGGUACUGCUCGACCAUGGAGCGCGGCACAGUCUUCAGAGUGACCUUGAUGCUGUGCGGGCAGCCUGCGUAAAUGGAAGGGCAAGCGUGCUUCGCACGUUGCUUACAAGAGUGACUACCAUUGACGAGUACGGUCAUGCCUUGGCUGCCGGUCACUUCCUGCUCGCAGCCAAGGCAAGCUGCAGCGACCACGAGACAAUGUCGCGUUACAUCGAAGUGUUGGAUUGCCUCUGGGAACAUGGACUGGAUCUCAAUGCCGCCAACUGUGGUGUCAAAGCUCUGAGGUUUGCCAUUGAAAAUAAUCACAGCGUGCUUGAAACAAACCUUUUGGGAAAGGGAGUUCAUCUGCCUGAUAGUAAUCCAUCAGACGCAAAUCUUGGAAAGUCCGUGACAGACAUGAGCAUAAGAGAGAACUCCUAG